UUUUUUUUUUAUUAAAAAAAAAGUUGAAAAAUGUCCGAAAGUGGUUGUGUACAAUUUCGUGAAUUUCUUCUUUUCUAGAAAUUUAAAUAUAGUUUCAUAUUAAUUUAAACUUUCAAUACAAUUACAUUUUGACAUAGUUCUCCUUAUAGAUAAAUUUAUUAAAAUAAUUUAUUCUAUAUUUUCAUUUCCAACGUGUGUGCAUUCUUUUAAAAUCAGUAGGUGGUUGUUUGUGUGUUGGUGAGGGUGAUGGACAAAUGUAUGAAAUGUGCUAGUAGAAGUGGCUUGAAACAUUGAAAUUCGCCGGUAUACUGCAAAAUAGCAAGUCAAACAUUUAAUAAGUGCGGAUGCGGAGCACGUAAUGAGAAGUUUGAGUUGAUAACUUAGCUCAAUAUUUGUACAUAAUCUGGACGAAUUUAUUUAUAUUCUAUCUAUCGCGUGUUUGGAGAAGUCUAUUUCUUGAAUUGGGUCACUGGUGUAGCGAAAAAUUGUAAAUUAUCGGAUAACGCCAGCCCACAAGAUGGCCGACUGUUAUUCGUAAGAUAAUGUCCGGUGCAUCUGGUUCAUCAGGAAGUGGCACGGGACGCGGCCGAGGCGGUGCGGGCUCGAGUGGAGCUAUAUCUGAUAAUAAACCAGACUCAAAAGAGAACAAACCCAAUCCCAAAAUGUCUAAGGCACUCGGCACAUCGGCUAAGAGAAUUCAAAAGGAACUAGCAGAAAUCACUCUAGAUCCACCACCCAAUUGCAGUGCAGGUCCCAAAGGGGAUAAUCUGUAUGAAUGGGUGUCCACUAUACUGGGACCACCCGGUUCAGUAUAUGAAGGUGGCGUAUUCUUUCUCGACAUCCAUUUCUCACCAGAGUAUCCGUUUAAGCCUCCUAAGGUGACAUUCCGAACUAGGAUAUACCAUUGUAAUAUCAACAGCCAGGGAGUGAUAUGUCUAGAUAUUCUCAAAGAUAAUUGGUCCCCGGCAUUGACUAUAUCUAAGGUCCUAUUAUCCAUAUGUUCAUUGCUAACUGACUGUAAUCCAGCGGAUCCGCUAGUGGGCAGUAUUGCAACACAAUACAUGCAGAAUAGAGAGGAGCACGAUCGCAUCGCGCGCCUGUGGACCAAGCGUUAUGCGACAUGAUUGCACUACCCCCCAUUUCCGCAGCGGAACAACUUAAAAGUAUCAUACUCAAUACCAUUCUGUUCUAAAUCCAUCCUGUUCACGUAAAUGUAAGCUUAUAAUGUUAUCAAAAUAUCCAAUCAUUAAUAUGCACCAUUUGCGCCAUAUUCUUUGAGUCAACAAAUAUUUUAUAUCCAAAUUUGUCUGAAAAAGGUAUUGAAAAAUUUAACUUCACACAACUCGGUUCUAUACAUCGAUCUGGGAACUGACUGUCCGCUAACUGACGACUUUCAUUUUUGUUGAUAGUUCAAAUUUUUCAAUAUGCUACAUCAUGAACCCAAAUAUGCAGAGGAUAUACAAUUUAUUUUAAAAUGAACACAAAUUGUAUGUGAAUAUGCCGCAAAUAGUGCACGUUGUUUAUAACGGCUUAUUAAUAUUUAGUUGCGAUUAAUGUGAUGUCAACAUGCUUGGGAAGGUCUGAUGUGUAUAACUUUAAGGGACAUAAUGAUUUUAUUUGUUAUGAAUGAUUGCCUGUUAAUUUUAUAGCUGUUUCAAAUGCAGCGACAAUCCCAUUGUAGUUCAAAAGUGAAUUUGGUAAUGACUAGUCAUGGUUCUUGUUCCAUUCUGCUAGUAAUUGUAAGAUAAUACUUUUGGAUAUGUAUACUAGAAUUAUUACUGAAUUUAUUUUUGUUUAAUGGGUCGUGACUUUACUAAUGAUUUAUGAAUUGUAGAUUUAAACAAUGAAAAUUGAGUCAAUUUUGCCGCAGAAACGCGAUGAUCUCAAACACUUGCAACUAAUUGUAAAAAAGGUUACGUAUCGAUCGUGAAUAGAGAUCUACUUAUUAAUUUAAUAAUAAAUUGCAUUAUCUAUACAUUACGUUUUUGAUUUUAGGAACUGGAUUAAAAUUGACUUUCCUUUGUUAGAAAAAUUAUUAUGGGUUUAUUUUAGCAUUUUCCAUGCCAUUAUAACUUUUAAGGAUACCAUAUUUGUGUCUAUCAUAGAUAUUUAUUAUAAUUGUCUAUGACAUAUAUUUACCACACAUGGUAAUGUUGCUAGUGUAUUGGGUGCCUUGCCUCUAUGCAGCAUGCAAUGAAAUAUAUUAAUUUGUAAAUUAUAUUAAUAUCAACAAUAACAAAUUAUAAUUUACAAUUGAUAUCAAUUUCUACAUAAAUUCAAAACAUCUAUUUAAUGUUAUUUUUUACAAAAUACAUAAAGGGUAAAGUGAGUCAGUUUGUUAACUCUUUCUUUCUUUUUUCUUUUCUUUUGCUGUAAACUGCCAACAGGGUUGAAAGAUGAAAAUUUUAGAUUUUUAUCCAAACGUGAAAUUCUUCAAAUCAAUAUGAUUUCUAGAACUUUUCCCCUGAAUGAUGAAAAACAAAGGUUAUUUUUUGUGGUUUUAAUUUGUUUCGGUUAUAUAAUGUAAGAAAGACUGUUUUCCGCACUUAGCCUCUCAUUUGGGCCGUUGUGCGUUUCGGUUAUAUAUCUUCAGUCAUAUAUUGUACUGUAGUUACAGUUACUGUAUAGAGAUAUAUUAGAUAUAUAUUUCUCUAUAGAGUUUACAAGUUACAUAUGAUAUUUACAUAUUACUCAAAAUUUCCAAAAAAAAUUUUCACUUUUCUUCAAUAAAGUUAGAGAAUUUAUUUAAAAAACAAUACCCAAUCUGGCAAGCUUCCUAUCAGUGCAUAGUAUGUCUUUCAAUAUUUCCCAAUAAUCUUAUUUGACUACAUGAGUAAGGUGCUCUCUUCAUAUCCCAUAAGGGACCUUAGUCAGUCCCAUUUUUUAUAAUUUUAAUACCGAAAUAUAAGUUUAAAGACUAGUAAUGAUUAAAUGUUUUAAUCUAAUAUCUGAAGAAAAAACAUAUUUACACAUAUUUUUUUUUAUUUAAUAACUAUAACAGUUUUAAAUGUAUCAUUUAAAUCAAUAUGAAUUAGUAAUUGAUUUUUAGAAAGUAACUUGUAUAAAUUAUUUUAGAAUAACAAAAUUGUAGGUACAUAUAAUUUUAUUUUCUUACGACGUACAUUUUAUUCUUCAUUCAACAUGCAAUGCUGUUCCCUUACCUAAGCCUUAUUGUAUGAAAAAAAUUGUAGAUUUUCUACUUUUUGUCCAUUUAAUUUAAGACUUAGAUAGUCAAAUUAUUUGAAUCUUUAGUUUUGCCAUUGAAACUUUUGUUCGCAUAUAAGUGCAAUUAAUAUUGAGAUUUUUAAAGAUUCGACGCAAUCUAGAACACUAUUUUAAAAAUUAAAUUGUACCUACAUAAUAAGGUCGAGGAUAAAAAACCUAUUUAUUUUUUAUAGUAAAGGGCUUGUGGAUAUGUUACUAAGAUGUGAUCAUGCUAGGUAUCGAUGUGAAUCGUUCCAAUAAACUCGUAAUAAUCAUAUACCGUCAAGUGAUUUGACAAUACUGUGUGAGGCCGUUCAAUGUUCCGAAAGAUUGUUUACAAAACUGACAUAUCAAUUGCAUCUAAAAUCGUCGGCGAUGGAAUUGUAAUAUGCAAAGAUGGUGAAUAAGUAAUGCAACUGCAACCACUAUUUACGCCGUGAACACGUGCCAAAUGUACCGGGCACACUUGGCCUCUGCUCCAAUCUAACGUUAUUCGAUCUUUUUCUAUAUUCCGUUUAGAUUGUAAACAGUUAUUAGAUAUAAGUUAUUUUAUUGUCUAGGUAUUGUAUAAUGUAUGUCUUAACCUUAGUAAUAAAUAGUAUUAGCAUUGUAAUGAUUUUAGCGAAAAGUGUAUGUCGCGCGUAUAUGAAUGUUUUGGUGAUAUCGCAACGGCGAUGUUGAUUAUAUAUUUUUAAUUGACGAAUUUGGUGAUUUCAUUAGUGGUGCUGUGAGGUUCAGAUGCUUGCGACAUACAGAUAGACGAAUACUGCGACUGUAUUCCGGACUGGGCAUAUUUGUCAUUGUGAUUUUAAUAAUUAUUUUUUACAACUGUGUUGCUUGCAUAAGACAACAAUCGUAUUUAACGCGACUGAAUGUUCCUUGACUCGAUGUAUAAACUCUGACCCCUUGUAAUCAUCCUUUGUUACAAUUUAUAUCAUGGUAUAAAAUAGGAGAAUAAAAAUGUGUGUAACUAGGACACUGAA